AUGGGUUUCGCCUCGAAAAUCGCCGCUAGCCAGGCGCAAUCUGGCGCUGGAGCCCCUCCGAUGAAUUCUUCUCCCUAUCAGGCAUACCCCGGUUCUUCAGCUGCUCCUCCUGGACAGUAUCCUCCCGGUCCUUCCGGUCCUCCGUACCCCGGUGGUCCUCCUGGUCCUCCUGGUGGUGCGCCAUCCGGUCCUGGUGGAUAUGGUGCGCCCGCGCCUGGGGGCCCGCCCGCGCCGGCUACUCCCCAGCAGGUCGCUGCUUACCGUCAGCUGUUGAUCGAUACCAUCCAAGAGAAGAAUCUGCAGAGUUUCUAUCCCCCUGAACGACUGGACCAGCUCGUUCAACGCCUCGCCGUUGAAGCGCCCAUUAAGCUCAGCAACUUGAUCCAUGAAUGGGCUGUUCCUAUGGAGGUUGCGACGGAUGUCAUGAAGUUGGCUCUGUUCGAUGUGAUCCUCUACGUUGACGACAGUGGUUCCAUCGAGUUCGAAGAGAAGGGUGUACGCAAGGAACAACUCAAGCAGAUCAUCAGCAUCGUCGCCACGGCCGCUUCCACCUUCGACCAGGAUGGCAUUUCUGUACGCUUCAUGAACAACAUGGAAGCUGGCGACGGUAUCCGCAAUGCAGACGAUGUUACCGUGCUUACCUCGCGCGUCCGUUUCCAAGGUUUGACUCCGUUGGGAUCCAGCCUGCGGAACAAGGUUCUCGAACCCAUGGUUAUCGGCCCCGCACGCGCCGGCCGUCUGGACAAACCGGUGCUCGUCAUUACGAUUACUGAUGGUCAGCCUGCUGGCGAACCGCACGACACUGUGGCGAACAGCAUCCGUUAUGCGGUUGAGGAGGUUUCGCGUUCGCGCUACGGUCGCGGUGCUGUUUCUUUCCAGUUCACUCAGGUUGGAAAUGAUACCAGAGCUCGUGACUUUUUGUCGGCUCUUGAUGAGGAUCCUAGCAUUGGAAACCUCAUUGAUUGCACUUCCAACUUUGAGGUUGAGCAAGAUGAAAUGUCGCGAGCCAACCCUCCUGUAUUCCUCACGCGAGAGCUAUGGUGCGCCAAGCUGAUGCUCGGUGCCAUUGACUCGUCAUACGACACCAAAGACGAAAAGGCUUCUGGUCGCCCCGGUCCUGGCCCUGGUGGCCCUCCCCCCAUGUCUGGACCUCCGUCCGGACCUCCGUCUGGUGCUCCUCUAGGUGCUCGACCCUCUGGACCUCCUGGCCCUGGUGGCCCUCCUCCCGGUCCAUACGGAGGCUACAGCCAGGGACCUAGCUACGGCAACCCCGGAUACUACAGCCCCUCGCCUGCUGGUCCCGGCGGCCCCGGUCCCGGCUAUCCUCAAAAUCCGUAUGGCGCUCCUAGCCCUAGUCCGUAUCCCCCAGGUCCAGGCGGCCCGGGCCCAGGUCCUUACGGCCAAGCGCCGUACCCCACGAGCUCUGGACCGCCUCCGCAGGGUGGAUACGCUCCGUCGCCGUACGGUGGAUAUGGACGACCUCCCUCGGGUCCCCCUGGUUAUCCCCCAGGACCGUAUGGCCAGCCGCCGCCUCCCCCGCGGUACUAA